AUGCAGCAAGUGCUGGAUAACCUUACGGAGCUGCCCUCCUCCACGGGAGCAGAAGAGAUAGACCUAAUUUUCCUCAAGGGGAUUAUGGAGAAUCCAAUCGUAAAAUCACUUGCUAAGGCUCACGAGAGGCUGGAAGAUUCAAAACUAGAAGCUGUCAGUGACAAUAACUUGGAAUUAGUCAAUGAAAUUCUUGAAGAUAUCACUCCUCUAAUCAGUGUGGACGAAAAUGUGGCGGAACUGGUUGGGAUACUCAAAGAGCCUCACUUCCAGUCACUCUUGGAAGCCCAUGACAUUGUGGCAUCAAAGUGUUAUGAUUCACCUCCAUCAAGCCCGGAAAUGAAUAAUUCUGUGAAUAAUCAGUUAUUACCAGUAGAUGCCAUUCGUAUUCUUGGUAUUCACAAAAGAGCUGGGGAACCAUUGGGUGUAACCUUCAGGGUUGAAAAUAAUGACCUGGUAAUCGCCCGAAUCCUUCAUGGAGGCAUGAUAGAUCGACAAGGUCUGCUCCACGUGGGGGACAUCAUCAAAGAAGUCAAUGGCCACGAGGUUGGAAAUAACCCAAAGGAAUUACAGGAAUUACUGAAAAAUAUUAGUGGAAGUGUCACCCUAAAAAUUUUACCAAGCUAUAGAGAUACCAUUAUUCCUCAACAGGUAUUUGUGAAAUGUCAUUUUGAUUACAAUCCAUACAACGAUAGCCUGAUACCCUGCAAAGAGGCAGGAUUGAAGUUUUCGAAAGGAGAAAUUCUUCAGAUUGUAAACAGAGAAGAUCCAAAUUGGUGGCAGGCUAGCCAUGUAAAAGAGGGAGGAAGCGCUGGGCUCAUUCCAAGCCAGUUCCUGGAAGAGAAGAGAAAGGCAUUUGUUAGAAGAGACUGGGACAAUUCAGGACCUUUCUGUGGAACCCUAAGCAGCAAAAAAAAGAAAAAGAUGAUGUAUCUCACCACCAGAAACGCAGAAUUUGACCGUCAUGAAAUCCAGAUCUACGAGGAGGUGGCCAGAAUGCCUCCCUUCCAGAGAAGGACGUUAGUGUUAAUAGGAGCUCAAGGUGUGGGGCGAAGAAGCUUGAAAAACAGGUUCAUAGUAUUGAAUCCCACUAGAUUUGGAACCACGGUGCCAUUUACCUCAAGGAAACCAAGGGAAGAUGAAAAAGAUGGCCAGGCAUAUAAGUUCGUGUCACGGUCUGAGAUGGAAGCAGAUAUUAAAGCUGGAAAAUAUUUGGAACAUGGGGAAUAUGAAGGAAAUCUCUAUGGAACCAAGAUUGACUCUAUUCUUGAAGUUGUCCAAACUGGACGAACUUGCAUUUUGGAUGUCAACCCACAAGCCCUGAAGGUGCUGAGGACGUCUGAGUUCAUGCCCUACGUGGUCUUCAUCGCCGCCCCGGAGCUGGAGACGCUGCGCGCCAUGCACAAAGCCGUGGUGGACGCCGGCAUCGCCACCAAGCUUCUGACGGACUCUGACUUGAAGAAAACAGUGGAUGAAAGUGCGCGAAUUCAGAGAGCAUACAACCACUACUUUGAUUUGAUCAUUGUCAACGACAAUCUAGACAAAGCCUUCGAGAAACUACAGACUGCCAUAGAGAACCUGAGGAUGGAGCCACAGUGGGUCCCCAUCAGCUGGGUGUACUGA